AUGAAAUACGUGGUCGUUUCCGGAGGUGUGAUUUCUGGUAUCGGUAAGGGAGUGUUGGCAUCGUCUACCGGAUUGUUAUUCAAGACCUUGGGGUUCCGGGUAUCAUCUAUCAAGAUCGACCCGUACAUGAACAUUGAUGCUGGAACCAUGAGUCCUUUGGAGCAUGGUGAAUGCUUUGUUUUGAACGAUGGUGGUGAAGUAGAUUUGGAUCUUGGUAACUACGAAAGGUAUCUUAACAUCACUUUAACUAGAGACCACAACAUUACCACUGGUAAAAUCUACUCUCAUGUGAUCGAAAGGGAAAGACAAGGUGAUUACUUGGGUAAGACGGUGCAAGUUGUGCCUCAUGUUACUGGAGCCAUUCAAGAUUGGAUAGAACGUGUAUCCAAGGUUCCUGUAGACGAAUCGGGGUUAGAGCCUGAAAUAUGUAUUAUUGAGUUGGGAGGAACAGUUGGUGACAUUGAAAGUGCUCCUUUUGUUGAAGCUUUGCGUCAGUUUCAGUUCAGAGUUGGUGUUGAGAACUUUGCUCUUAUUCAUGUCUCACUCGUUCCUGUCAUUCAUGGUGAACAAAAGACUAAGCCAACUCAGGCUGCCAUCAAAGAUUUGAGAUCUUUGGGGUUGACUCCCGAUAUGAUUGCUUGCAGAUGUCAGGAAGAGUUGGAAGUUUCCACCAUUGAAAAAAUUGGCAUGUUUUGUCAUGUUGGCCCAGAACAGGUUAUCGCCGUUCAUGAUGUCAACUCGACUUACCACGUUCCUCUCUUGUUAAAGGAGCAGAGAAUGAUGAAGUAUUUGACAAGAAAGUUGAAUUUGAAAGAGUCUAGUUUGUCUCCUAGUGCUUUGGCCAGAGGAGAAAAAUUGUUGAAUAAAUGGGAAGAAUUGACAUCCAGCCAUGACAGAUCGUUCCAGACUGUUACUAUUGCAUUGGUUGGAAAGUACACCAAUCUCAAAGACUCAUACUUGUCUGUUAUUAAAUCUUUGGAGCACGCAUCCAUGAGAUGCAAGCGUAAAUUGAAGAUUGAGUGGGUCGAGUCUACGUCCUUGGAAGAAGGUGCUAAAGACCACGAUCUCUCCGAGUAUCAUAAAGCAUGGCAUCACGUUUGCCAGGCUGAUGGUAUAUUGGUGCCAGGUGGAUUCGGAAACAGAGGUAUUGAAGGUAUGAUUGCCGCUGCCAAGUAUGCCAGAGAAAACGAAGUUCCAUACUUGGGUGUCUGCUUGGGAUUACAAAUUGCCGUGAUUGAGUUUGUUAGAAAUGUUUUGGGCUACGAAAACUCUACUUCGAUGGAAUUUGAUGCCAAUGCUGACGAGGAAACAGCUUCUGUUGUAUACAUGCCAGACGUGGACCAGAUCAAGUUGGGUGGAACUAUGAGACUUGGCAUCCACGAGACCAGAUUCACAGCAGGAACCGAAAGUUCCAACUUGAGAAAGUUGUAUGGAGGUUCUGACCAUGUAAUGGAAAGACAUAGACAUAGAUACGAAGUCAACCCCAAACUCGUGGAACAAAUCGAAGAAAAAGGGUUGAAGUUUGUUGGUAAAGAUGAGACUGGAGCUAGAAUGGAAUUGUUAGAGUUGCAGAACCACAAGUUUUUCGUUGGUACUCAAUACCACCCUGAGUAUUUGUCCAAGGUUCUUGAUCCCUCAAGACCAUUUUUGGGAUUGGUAGCUGCUUCCUCGGGAAUUUUACCAGAGAUUUUGGAAAGCCAAGAUUUGAACUACAAAGGAGAAUUUUAA